CGCAGGCCAAUUUCCUACGACCCGUUUUCCAGCUGUGGAACGGAAGCCAUGCUGGCAGGAGAAGAUCGACAGUCUAGGAUGGCUUCUCCAUCGGCCCCUGCGACACCAAACUCUUAUCGGUCCCGUGCCGCGAGUCAAGUUGGCGAACCUGGGCGGCCACCUUCCUCCCGUCUAUCCCGGACCUCCAUAGACGAAAAUGCCGAAGGGGCUCUCGCCACAAAAGAAACCAUACCUAACGUGCAAGAUGAAGGAAGUCUGGAUAGCCUUCAAAAUAAGCUCCAUCAAAUAUCUUCCGAAUCACUUGAUCAAGAGACCAAACCCACGGAAUUAUACGAUCAACAUGAACGGCAGUUCCAAGAACAACAGCGGCAGAGAUGGCAAUUGCUUGAAAAGGAGUUGCUGGACAAAGACAAAGUUCCGACAUCGUACUACACGACCUCGAAGAAGGAACAGCUAGUUUUGGAAUUUGUAGCGAAUUUCAAUCGGCAGUAUACACAGCUAUUUCCGGGAAGGAAGGAGUUGCUGCUUUGCCCACCAAACCACUUUGGUAUAAAGAAAUUUGUGUGCACCACCCUGCGACCGACCAAGCUUCCUUAUAGAGAGCUCUAUGACUACCGUGGUUGCGCCCGCUUCGUUGCUGAGUUUCUCUCAUACAAACCGCUAGAUCCCCCGCACGAAUUGCCACAAACGUUACCCGGACCUAGCUACACACUACGUCUCCAGCAAGGUAACUCGUUCGACUACUCUAUCCUUCUAGCUUCAUUGCUUCGUGGAGUCGGAUAUGAUGCCUACGUUGUUUCCGGGUACUCAACUAGAAGGAUCACGUUGAUGGACGAGAGUAUGGUCGAGAGUAGCACGGUUGGGAUUUUACCUCCCUUUGGGCAAUCAGAUGCUGUGGGAAAGGCUGCUGAUGCAGAUACCGGAAGCGGAGAUCGGGACAAAGGCACAUCCCAGGGCAAAUAUAAAGUUAAGCCACCUAGACAGUUAAGGAGCCAGUUUCUCGUCAAACAAGAAGAGAAAAGGCGGACCAAAGAAGAGCAAGAAGCUGAAGCGAGGCGAAAGAGGGAAGCCGAGGCGCGUGCGAUGAUGGAGGAAGAUGAUGAUGAGCUUAAGGGCUUGCGUGUCCAUGCCUGGGUACUGGUCCUGCCUGGCAAGCGAGAGGUUGCAGAGAGCUUCUUCAUAGAGCCGUCAACGGGAAGAAUCUACUCUACGGAAAACGAAAAUUAUCUCGGUGUGGAGAGUGUUUUCAGUUCGGUCAACUACUGGGUCAACAUGCAAGUUUGUUACGAUGGUCUCAAGGGCAUUUCAUUCGAUCUGGGUGACAAUGCAAAGUGGGAGUUUGUCCUUUUAGACAACACGCAACCAGGGGGAGUUGACCCCCAAAAUGACGACGAUGAUAAAGCAGCUGACAAUGUAUCAGACGACGAAGAAAAUGAGAAUGGAGAUGUGGAAAUUUUGGAUUUGCCGCCGUCCUGGGUGGAAAAACUAUCUGUUUCAAAGGAAGACUUUGAGUCUCGGUGUCCGUUGGGUGCCAAGACCGUUUUGUACAAGAACGCUAGACAUGAAGUCUUUGCAGAGUACUUUAGAACUGACGGAAUGGUAUCUCGAACAACUUUCUUUGCGGAUGAGAGCAGAGGUUUCAAUGGAGAGAUCCAUGAAGAGUUCCGUAACCGACGAGACAAACUCCGGCAACGGAUCCGAGUACCAUAUGACGGCAAAAUUCAUGAAUUCUUUGAUCCUGGGCGCCCACACGGUCUCAAGGAACAUAUCAUAAUUGAUGAUCGCACAAAGGAGAUGCAUUUUUAUCCAAGCGCACGGUCGGAUGGUUUGGUCAAGCGCGUUGACGAAAGCAGCAAGAUUCUCGAACACUUUACUGAACGAGAAGACCGUCUUGUGUAUCGAAGUGUAACAUUCGAUGGCGAGCCGGACGAAGAACAGAUUGAACGCGGAUCCAUAAUCAAAAUGGCUGAGAAGUUUGAUCGGAAUCCAGAUGUGCCAUCCCACAAAGAUGCGGCGAAGAGGACAUAUUUUCUCAAAGAUGACAAGAUAGGGGUCAUAUACCAUUUCGAAGAGGGAAAGAUCAUCCCCUCCACUCGAGAAUUUCACAAGCCAACCGCGGAGCAGAAAAACAACUUUCUUGAAAUGACUGUAAGCUUUGAGGUGAAUCCCUAUGUGAAGCCGCCCAAAAAGCAAUAUCUUCUUGCUGAGCUGCUAGAGCUUCUCAGAGCUGAGCAAGCUUGUUUAGCCGCUGUGAAAGCAUCUGAUCGAGAAGUGAAAGAGAUAUUGCUGAGUAGGCAGGCAGAAGAGAAGGAUGUGUCAUUGGUGAUAUCCAUCUAUGAUACCAUUCGAAAUCAAACGAAACUACCAAGCGAAGAAAAGAAAGAGACGUAUAAGGAAGAAGAGGAAGCGAAGGCGACAGAUAUUGACUACCUUUCUCCUUUCCUUGUUAAUUACCCCAACCCCAACCACCUCACACGCGAGGAAGCCCUCUUAGUUAAAGACGCCUGUUUGAAAGCAUUCAAGGAACGUCUCAUAGAGAAGGCCAACAUCAUUCAAGGUCGAUUGGAUGAAGUCACCGCAGAGUACCAACGUCGUCAACUGGCUUACAGUCGCAACGCGGAUUCGAUGACUGUGGAAGAGACUGAGGAAUAUGUGAAGUUUUGCAAUGAUGCACUGUUCAAGAUACAUAUUCUGGAGAAGAGGCUGGCAAAGCAUAAAGAAACCGCACCCGAGCGUUACAUUGAGUUAGACGCUAGGCUCAAGGCUGAUCCAAGGAUGCAACCAGCAUUUGCACAUUGAAAAAGAAGGCCAGAGUAAGAUCACUGUACGAUGAUGCGCUUCUUAUUUUAGGGAAUGUACUAUGACUAUGUCGGUAUGCGGAAUCAUAAUGGACAUAUAGAAUUAUUUUAUACAUAGAACCUGCAAAUUUCAACAAAGCAACCAGUCAGUCCUGAACGAGAUGCAUAGUGGAAAG